UUGGUGACUAAUCUCCAAAGCGUUUCGCAAAAAACUUCAUCAGUAGAGAGAGCUAUUGAUGUCAAAUCCAAUGAUGGCUGUGAACCCUUUAUUGGCAGCAUCAGGACAGCAGAGGAUCCCACUGGUUCCCUCACCAUUUGGACCUCCUACUGUGGACAGAGAUGUAUUGCCUUCUGCUGUAACUCCAACUGACCCAAGGCAGUUUUAUGUUCCCUCCCAGUUUGGAUCCUCUGUUCUACCAAAUGCAAAUAUGCCGAAUACAUUGCCCAAUCAUGUCUACUCAGGUUGGGACAUUUUACCACCUGAAUCCGUAAAGGCAGUGAUCAGAAGAAAUGAAAUGAUUCGAAGGCAUCAUACUGCCAGGACAGAAAUGGAAAUGUAUGCUAUUUACCAGCAAAGGAGAAUGGAAAAAGUUAAUCCCAAGGAACUAGCAGGCCUAGGAAUCCCAUUCCUCUAUGGUUCCAGCAUCCCAGCUGGCCCAGCUGCCUACCAGGGCAGGAACAUGCUCCCUGCCAGUGACCUGCAUUUCCACAGAAGCACCCUCAGAAAUCUUCAGGGAAACCCCAUGCUAGGGGCAACCGGACCACAGUUUACAGAGAGCUGGGGGCAGAAAUGUCGUCGACUCAGGAGAGGUACAGGGAAUCAGAAAGUUCUGGACAGUGAUACUGAGAGUUCCAAAAGUCAAGCAGAAGAAACAAUCUCAGGCCAGACUCAUGCAAUUGCCUAUGAAGAGGAUGACUACACAAAAGACCCAGAAACUGAAGUGCACAACAAUCAGAAGUCAAAUGAAACCAAUGAAAAGCCAACUGUAGCUUUCGCCAGCACCUCUGGAGAGCUCAUGUCCACCCACAGAAAGCCGUGGGCAUUUCCCAUUGCUGUCCUGGAAGCAAAAGCCUGGGAUGAAAGGAAAGAGAGGGCUUCAGAGCAGGUCUUUGCAGCCUGUGGUGAAAAGAAUGGGGUUUGCCCUCCAGUUCCUCAACCAUCUCUGCCAGGAACAUGUGCACUGGUUACAAUUGGGGGAAAUCUUUCUUUGGAUGAAGAUAUUCAGAAAUGGACUGUGGAUGACGUGCACAACUUCAUUAGUGGCCUUCCAGGUUGUUCAGACUACGCUCAG